CUACAUAUUACGUGCAAUCAUAAAUAUUUUCUUCGACUCCAUCUGAGUAAAUAAAUUCCAACAAAAUUAUAACUACGAAAAUCCUCAAGACACAUCCAAAACCUCAACCCCCAAGAACAUCAACCUCCGCUCCUCACCUGUCAUCCCUCACCUCUGUCCCCCACUUCUGAGUCUCUUUAGCAAUAUCUAUUACACAUGUACCAACACCCAGAAUUAUUUAUCAUCAUCAUCAUAUCAGCCCUUUAUCGCCCACUGCUGAGCAUAGGCCUCUCUUCCAGUACGCCACUUGUCCCUGUCCUGAGCUAAUCUCAUCCAAAAGUGACCCGCAAUCUUCCGAAUGUCGUCCACCCAAUGAGCCAACGGACGCUAGGGGCUUCUUUCAUCCGAAACCGGCCACCAUUCCGUUAACAUUUUAGUCCACCUGCCAUCACUGUCCGCCCAACUCCAUUUUACUUUGGUAAUGACGCAACCCACGUCUAGCACCUUGGUGCGACGACAGAUCUCGAGAUUCCUUACUCGAUCUUGAAGCUUGAUACCGAGCAUGGCGCGCUCCAUGGCUCUCUGUGCUACACGAAUUUUAUGCACAGCCUCCUUGGUGAGCGUCCAUGGCUCGGCACCGUAGGUCAUGGUGGACAGGACACAUUGGUUGAAGAGGCAAGUUUUCAGGCAUUGGCAGAAUUAUUACAUUCAGUUAGUUAUGGUCUUUAUCAUCAGGUAAAGUUAUUCAUGAAAUUUGUGGUUUUCGAAAAGAAAUGCUCGACUUGCUUAAGAAAGCACCCCAAUCACCAUAUAGUAUAAUAUUUUCGAUGUUUAUCAGUACCACCAGUUUGGAAAUACCUACAGCUCUCACCUGAAUUACAAUCCUUAUUAUAAUGCUCAAGUAAGCAUGAUGCGUUCAAAUUAAUUACUGAUAAAAUAACAAAUGGGAAAGAGUGGCGUGCAAUGGCGUGCGUAGCUUUUCAUCGCCGGAACAAAGUCGGCGCAACAAGUGCCGAGAGUGGCGGCCGAGCCAAGCCGAAGACGAGAUACUAUUUAGAACGGUCCUCCGAAAUAGUGCUUACACCUGCAUCUCACCCCGUCUGAAACACUUACACCAAUACUUACACUUUUUUAGUUCAUGAAGCAUAGACUCUCUGGCGCAUCUCCUGUUCUGCUAACAAUCCGUUUGUAAGAGUUUUAUUUACUUUUCUUUAGUUUAAAAGAGAAUGACAGAAUGAGAAUAGCGCGGGAAGGCGCGUGCGCGAGCGAAGGAAACAGAGAAGCGGGACAGGCGACAGUGCCACUCGCUCCAACCAAUCGAUUAGUCGCAUAACGAUAGCUGCUUCUUAAAUGCAGAUGUGUCGUGUAGAGCAACGUCAGUCGGUACGCGGCAGGCGCUCGGAGCAGCCGGCCGCCCACUCCGCCGCGCGUACCACGCCGGGAGCCUUUGUAAUGACUCUUACGUCCAACGGUGUGAAACGGCUAACGCACACGCUGUCACCGGUACAUUGAACUGAUAUGCUCUAUUUGCACGAUUUAAUUUAAAUAUAUUUUUUUUCGCAACUUUGUAACUGAUAUUAUUUUGUUUAUACUCUCACAAACUAUGAACUGGCCGACCCACCAGUGAGAAAGAAUUUGUGAAGUGAACAAAGAAAGGAUUGCGCUCUAAAAGAAAUGGAGCACCUACAAUAAUAAUUCCUGAUGUAGACGGUGCAUUGCCAUGGAUCACUGGGUGACGGCGGCUAGCGCCCUGCUAGCGUUCCUCCUGUACUACAACACAUUAGAUGCUGGAUUUGUCUAUGACGACAGACGGGCGAUCCUCUCCAAUCCGGACGUCAUCGGACACACACCGCUAAAGGCACUAUUUGAAAACGAUUUCUGGGGAACACCGCUCACAGACCCAGGUUCACACGGUUCAUAUAGGCCGCUGUGCGUCGCUACAUAUCGGCUCAACUACGCUUUUAGUGGAUUCAAGCCAUGGAGUUUUCAUUUUCUAAACGUAGUUUUUCACUGCAUAGCGACAGCGCUCGUUGUUCUUUUGGCCCGCCGAUUGAUGCCCAGUUCCUGCAUACGAGUGGGUGCGGCAGUCGCUGGGCUCACCUUCGCAGCCCAUCCAAUACACACAGAAGCAGUGGCAGGAGUCGUAGGCCGAGCGGAUUUGGCAGCAUGCAAUUUGUUUCUCAUAAGCUUCUUACUGUACAGCGAGCACAUCCGAUUACGUGAACAACGCCAUAAACGAUUAUGCAGACAUAUCUUAAAAAAUAAUUUAAUGCGAAGAUCGAGCUCUAGCAACGAUCAGCCGUUUCGACUAAGUUGCCAUAGCUUGGUCCAGCAUGUCAUGAUGAACUUUCGUCGAUUAUUGAAAUGUGGCAAAGCGGGCCCUAUGAAAGUGUUAAAUGCCUGGGAAGCGAAGUCCGAGGCAGUGAGACUGAAGUGUCAGUACAGUGGCAGUGUUAGUGAGGACUCUGGUGAACUGUGGCAGUGGGUGACCCUAGCUGGAACUCUUUUGUUUGCCGCGGCUGCUACAUUAUGCAAAGAGCCCGCCAUCAUGGUCUUGCCUCUUUGUAUAUUUUACGACUUUUUGAAAGGGAAUCGCCCAGAAGAUAUCUACGCUAAGCAACGAUGGCGAAGCGUGUGUGCACUGGGGAUGGGGGGAGUGGCCUUGCUGUACUGGCGGCUGCGGCUGACAGGGGCACCUACGGCUUUCGCCGCCGCCGAUAAUCCGGCCUCCCGCGAUCCUUCGUUCCUCACCAGGACAUACACAUUCGCCUAUCUUCCAGUCUUCAACUUCUUCCUCCUUUUGUACCCGUUUCAUCUCAGUUUUGAUUGGUCUAUGGACGCCAUACCACGAAUAACGACUCUUUUUGAUCAACGAAAUAUUUCUACCAUAAUUUUCUAUGCAAUUAUCUCUAAAGUUACGUGGCGGGCGAUAGUCACCGAAUUUAAGAAACGUCAAGAAAAUUCUUAUAAAGAAGUAAAGUAUUAUAAGAAACAGAAUUGUAAAAAUAAGCACAAAUGGAAUUACAAUUGCAAACAGUACAAUAGACAGGAACCUAUAGACAGAAAGAAUUACCAUGCACCUCACAAAGAAAACUCGAUUAAGCGGCAAUUGUGCCCUUGCAAUGGCUGUAAGCAUACGUUGACGGAAGAACACACCAGUGCAUGCCGGGCCAUCAAUAACAACAACACAAUGAUGCAUCACUCCGCCUGCGUGUGCCCGAUGGGACACAAUAAGACGAAGGUGCAGCCGGUGCAUAGACAGGUUUAUCGCAGCCCUCAAGUGGCAAUGCUCAUGUCUAUAGCGUUAAUGGGUCUGCCGUUCAUUCCGGCCAGCAAUGUCCUAUUCUACGUCGGAUUUGUGGUUGCGGAACGAGUAUUGUAUAUACCAAGUGUUGGAUUCUGUUUAUUACUUGGCUUGGGAGCUGGUGCUUUGACCCGUAGUUGGCACAAAAGUGAUGCUAAAAGCAGAAUUUUUAUGCUUACUCUGUUAUUGGUGUUGUCGGCCAUGUGUGGAUCUACGUUAAGAAGAAACCUUGAUUGGCAUGACGAAGAGAGCCUUUUUAAAAGUGCGCUCCAUAUAAAUCCACCAAAAGCAUACGGCAACCUCGGCAGCGUGCUGAGUGCGCAGGGUCGGGUUGCGGAAGCGGAAAUCGCGUUCGAGAGGGCGCUCAAGCACAGACCUAAUAUGGCCGACGUUCAUUACAAUUUAGGAAUUAUACUGCAAAACCAAAGAAGAUACGGAGAAGCUAUAAAGAGUUUUGAAAAAGCAAUCAACUUCCGACCUUCCAUGGCUUUGGCAUACGUAAAUCUCGGGGCAUCGCUGAUGGCGGAUGGGCGCCUCGCCGAAGCGGCCAGCGCGCUUCGCGCCGGAGCCCGCGCUAACGGCGUGCGCGUGCGUGAUCGGCGCGAGCAUGACGCCGCCCGCGUCUCGGCCCUUGUGCAGCUAGCGGCGCUCCACUCGCAAAGGGGGCACUGGCACAAAGCGCUGUCAGCGUAUAAGGAGGCCCUACAGAUACUUCCGACUAGUAACGUUCCCGUUGUAGGCUGGACGAGACAUAACCUGUUGUCCAUGGUCGGCGAAGUGCACAUGCAGCUGCAGCAGUGGGCGCAGGCAGAGCACAGCUUGCUGUCCGCGCACGUCGCGUCGCCGCACCACGUGGGCACACACGUCGCUUUGGCGAGAAUACUUGCUAGGAAUGCUACUCGGAGUGUGGAAGCGGAAAUGUGGUUUAACAAGGCUCUACUUCUGGCACCAAAUGACCCGUCAAUACGAGACCAAUUUGGGAUGUUUCUAAGAUCACAAAGGCGAGUGAGAGAAGCCGCUGAGCAGCACGUUUUGGCAGCGCGCCUGGCUCCGACGGACGGCGUGCGUGCGGCAACGGCGGCGCGCGCGCUGCGAGACGCGCGCCGCUGUCGCUCCGCCGAGCGGUGGUAUGCGAAAGCUGUGCAGUUAAAACCUGAGGAUGCAGAGUUCCAUUCAAAUUUUGGCGCAAUAUUACACUUAAACGGGAAAUAUGCGGCCGCCGCAACAUCGUACCGUCGAGCCCUGCAGCUGCAGCCUAAUGACGAAAUCACCAUCACGAACCUCAAGCGAGUCAGAGCACUUAUGAGUAAUCAGCGCAGAAAAUAAGAAUAAGUGUGGAUAAAACAACACAUCAGGUAGUUUAGUGUUUGUCAAUUGCCAAAAUAUACAUCGAUAGAGUUACAGAUUCUUCAUUUUUUCUGAUAUGAUUCGAUUAUUUACGGAUUUAGAAAUAAUUAAUUACCUAUUUUAAGUUACGGUUAUGUGUUAGGUACACAUUUCCAUUGUAUGUAAAUAAAACAAUAGUUUCCAGGUAACAAGUAGUUAGGAAUACGAAUAAUAAUACAAAUAUUUGUUACAUUAAUGAUAGGUCAGUAUGAAAUUAUUGCGAUUUGAUUAAUUAUAGGUGGUAUUGUCUGAUCGUAUCAAUAAAUUAUUACGUUGUUAGUUUUCCGCAAAGCUCAAAGGAACGAGUAGCCCGAGCGUUUAGCGGUUUGAACUUUUGGCAGAUGAAUUAAACACGCACCCAUAAUAAUUCAAAUAUUGCGAAAUAUGCGGAUAUUGGGCGGUGAACCGAUUUUAUUUACAUUUUUAAGUGCUCGUAAGGCCUACAGAAAUACUUAGGUAAUGGAAUUGAUCUUAUCACUUUCAGACAUGGCGUUAUUUUGUUAAAAAUAAUGAUUACAUACGCACAUAACAACUCAGGCAGCUCAAUAUACAUAGAGAUAUGUCUACAAAAACCGGACAAGACCGAGUUAGAAUACGAGGGUUUCCUAGAAAUUUAACUUAUUUUUCUUUGCAAAUUUAUAGUUUUGAGAUUUUUUCCUGUACUUGUAGUGUUACCUACUUGUCAAAUUUCAUAGUUUGUUAUAGAUCAACGGGGAGUACCGUAUAAAGUUUGAUUCCCUUGACAAUGUCGAAAUGUACCUUUAUUGCGGCAUAAACGGCAGUAUCUUUUUUUACGUUAACUUUGAAGCUUGAUUUUUUCACAGCUUCAAGAGACUGUAGACCUGCGUAUACGAGUAUGGGUUUACAUUCAACUCGAUACCUCUACGCGUUCCCGAGAUAAGGGGCCUUGACAGACAGACAGACGGAGGGACGGACGGACGGAUGGACGAACGGACGGACGGACAACAAAGUAAUCCUAUAAAGGUUCCGUUUCUUCAUUUUGGGGCACGGAACCCUAAACAUAGUACGAAAUGUUGAUUUCACUCAUUGAGUCGGCCCUAUAAAAUUACCGUUUAGCAUCUCUAUUUGAUUGUUUAAUAUAAUUGAUUACUAUUAUAAAUAUAACAAACGCACAAGUAACUCUGUUUGUUAGGUUUUCUUAAACCGGUUUACACAAAUAAAUGAAAUUUGGUAUGAAGACUAAUUGUCUCCAUGAAUCUCCGGAUAGGACCAAAGAUAGUUUUUAUCACAAAAUCUUCCCUAAGGUGAAAAGGAGGGUGGAGUAUCUAUGGAUGAAGGAUAUGAAAAUACUAAUCCUCGGCAGAUGGAGUCGCGGGUUGAAAUUGUGUCUUUUACGACCAUUUUUUUUUUCAAAUUGUUAUAUCACCUAUAUUUUGGAUGACCUUAUCUCAAAUCCAGAAUUUAAAAAAAAUACAAGUUUUGCGAAUCAGUCUUUAAUAAAGAACGACGCAAUUGUGUAAUCCGUUACUUAUUAUACGAAAUAAAGGCACUUUUUUUAAUCAGCUCCUUUCACAUGUUUAAGUUAACAUAUUUAUAUAAAAAUAAACUGUAAAUAUAAGUCUGACAUGAUUAUUCAAGUCCAAAGAUGACUCGGUUCUAAAAUUAUAAUCUAUCAUUCUUAAUCCAAAAAUGUUGUCACUACUCGUACCUACUUAAAUUAAAUAUCAUAUACGCCAUAAAAUAUUGUUCACUGUCCAGCGGUCCUAAGCUGGUUGCGCUUUUUCAGCUCGUGUAAUCCACGAUGACGCACAGAUUUGUCAAAUUUAACCUUUAAUAACAUGACAAUAUGAGUCAAGGCAAGCGUCUUCGUGAAUGACGCGAUCUAUAAGUGCAGUCAUCCCAUCCUAACUGGGAGCUUCACUCAUCAAAAUAAUACAGUGACGUGCCAACACAUGGCUCAGAAGUGGUCAUAUUUAUGGUUGGUAACCACGUUUCUUUAAUAUGUCACAUCAGGUAUCCCCUAGCUUGAAAUUCCACAAAACGAACUACUCAACUUUUUUAUAUUUAUUUACAACGGUCUUUCUCUAAAAAUAUAUCUGUGGUCUAAUUGCCGUGACCCAUACAAAAUGUAUGAAAAGAGUCGUGGGAAAUAGAUGCAGUCACAGAUAUAUGUACCUAUUCUCAGAGAAUGGCCCGCAACUAUAAUUGAUAUUGUAUUGUAAUUGGCUAAGGAAUAUUGUUUUUUUUUCUUAAUAUAUUAUUGCAUUAAUUUUAUGCAUCCCCUUUUAUUGUGAUUUCAUACAAAUCUGUGUAUAUUAAAGGUCUACGUUACAAAGUAAAAUAAGUAGAUAGUCACAAAAUGUACAUAGAAUUUAAUCAUAACAAUUUUAUACAAAUGCAUAUAAGUCUAUUAUUGUUGAUAAUUCCUAUAUACCUACCUGAUUUUAAUACUAAAUCAUUGCUGUUGCAUUUUUAUAAAUUAGUUAUUUAUGAUUACUGUUUAGCGUCUUCCAUCUAAUUUUGAAAGUUGACUAUUGCUUCUAAUUCUUGGAAUUUGUAAAUAAAAAAAGAAAUGUAAAAAUACCUGUAAAGUUUGAAUUAUAGCCGACUUAAGAGGAGAUUUUUUUGUUUUUACAUAUAAGCUUAUGUUGUAUCUACGUAUUAUAUGAGAUUGCUAUAUUGUUUUAUUAAUAAUUCACAUGCUGAGUGCCUAUGAGCUUGAGGGUUUUUUAAUGAAAGAAUCGUCCUUACUCUUCACAUUAAACUUUUUUAUAUGCCAAAUAUAUUGUUCUCAAAUUUAGUUUUAGCAAUGGUAAAAAUUCCACUCUAAUCAUUAUAAAAUAUUUAUUAAUGCUUAUGUUGAAUGCUUGUUAAUCAAUUACAUUACACAAAACCGGCUAAACUAUUUACUGUCGGAAGUAUAGGGGCAACAAUAACGCGUUAACAUGUGAACUAAAUCGCCAAGUAUAAAACAAAAGACGCCUGAGUACCCAUCCCUGUCUCAAUAGAUGUAAUUUUUAAACGUAAGUCAUCGAAAGAUAUCAGUGUUAUUGUAAUGUAUUGGGCAAUAGAUAGUGCUCACCAAGUUACUAUAGUCAGUGUAAGAAUUGAUAUUUGACCUUUAUGAAUUUAUUCUUAUAAAUUUCAAGCUAAGACCUACCGACCGUUUAACUGGUAGCCUUAGCUUUGUUUAAAUGUAAUGGUCAGUUUUAACUGUCAAAUAUCAACUCUUACAUUACGCUGACUUGAGUUCAAUCAAUGCUCGCAUUUAAAGCUCUUAGCUCAUAGGCUUUAUACGGGUAAGUUAAUUUAUUUUCUUAAAUUAUAAAGUUAAGUAGGUACAUUCAGCAGUGUUUAUUUGUAUUUAAUUUUGCUACGCUGUGUAUCGAAAUUAUUAACAUGCAAAUAAUUGCGUCAAUUAUUAUAACGAAUGCUCCAUCACUAAUUAUUGUGUUAUUCAUACAGGCGUUAUUAACAUAUUGGCUGCCUGUUUCAUUUAAAUGGUGUUGUUAGGAAGGUUCCUUUGUAAGAAGUCAUUAAUGUUAGUAAGUGCUAUCAUAAAUGUCAGUAAAGAUCUGGUUUCUCAUCUAAUGUGAAGUUAAUACAUAUCUAAAGUCUGGUUUUGUAUAUAUACUUACCUACAUUUUUUCUGUUUUUAUUAUAAUGUAUAGUAAGAAAUGUAUUAUAUUACGGUCAUUGUAUAUAACAUAGUUUUAACCGAUGAAAUCGCUUAUUCGCAUUGAUAAAUUAGAUAUUCCAUAUGACAGUUGUUUAUUUUAUUAUGUUUGUACACUUGUGACAAUAAAUGUAUGUUAUUACGCUUUAUAAUUAAACUUAGAUGACACGCUACAAUUUAUAAUUUUUAUUUCAAAAACACAACGCCAUACCAAAAUUGAUUCUCUAUAAAUUAAAUAAUCGUCGAUAUAAAUUUAAAAAUAUUUUUUUUCUUUUUUAAAUGAUUUAUUAUUAACCAUCAUUAUAAAUAAUGUAAAUGUAAUAUUUAUUAAGUUGCAGCUGCACCAAGUUACAUAAAUAAAUGUAAGACGCAAUUACUUAUAAACUGGGUUCUGUAAACCAUGCCCUUUGGCUUAACUCAGGAAAAUGCCAUCACGACCAAAGUCAAAUGGUAUCAAGCAGAUGGUGGAGAACUCGUAAAAGAUAACGUGGCGCAAGAUCGUUAAAUAUAAUUUUAUUUUAUUUCUUCGCAGAUGAUCCGAGUAAUUUCUAAGCUUUUAUAAGAAAAAGGAAAUUUUGCAGAUAUACUGUAGCUGCUUCUGCUAACUUACAUUUAACCUUAUAAUUUGAUUUUUUUCAACAGGAUUUGCAAUAAACUUCAGUUAUUCAACUUUUGCACGCGGUUCCCAUUGAGCGAUAAUCCUACUUACAUAGUCGUCGCUCAUGCACUUUCCAGCAUAAAAUAGUCCGUUUAUACGCGUUUAUAUUAAGUGUCAUGACGAUCGCCAGCAGCAAAAGGUGAAGCAUAACACUCAUAUUAUUAUCUAAUUUCACAAACCUUACUUUUCCAAAACGAAGUUAUAAAAACAUAACGGAUACGCUACAAGGAGUUAAUAAGAAAAAGAAGGCGAUAGGUAGAUAGGUAGUUAUAGUUAUUUGAAGAAAGGCCUACGAUUUCCAAUCAUUAUCAAACACUUAUACAGGUUCGCUUUUAUCAGUGAUUAAUAGGAGAUGAUGUAAUAAAGUAUUAGGUACAGUAGGUUAUAUGAAAGAAGUAAAAUAUGGUAAGUGCGUGAAGAGCGAUUUAUCACAAAACUGUUUCUGAUUAUGUACCUAUGUCUUAGGACCUCCGCUAUCGCCGUGUAUCGUGGACAUCAUACCUGUAAUACUUUUUUAUGCUCGAAAUGGAAAUACUUAACUAUUACCUAGUAACUUCCUAAGAAUGAACCUAAAAUAGAUUACAUAAUAUAAUAAAUAGGUACUCAAGCAGCUUAGGAGUCCGCAGCAAGCUCGGCCGAAUUUCACCUCAUACAAAUGGAGUUUCGUUCUCAUUCUAAAACUAUUAUGUAUUGGAUUGUAAUGAAACUUUGCACAUACUGUGACAUGAAGUAUAUCUAAGCCUGUAAUUAGUACAUAUAUCUCCAACGAAAUAGAGCAAAAACAAGUUUUGUAUGAUUAACUUAAAUUCACUGCAUAGCCAAACCUCACCUACUUCUAUUGCUUCACCUUAUCCUAUUGUAAGUACAAAGUUUCAGAACCAUCUAACCAGUCGUUUUAAAAUGAGAUCAUAAUUACGUUUAUAUGGAGAACCGAGCUUGCUGCAGACUCUUAAGACGUAAGUAAAAAAAAGGGAAUCUAUGUUUUCACAAUUGUUUCUAAUUUUCAAUUUUACAAACCUUUAGUUUCUUCAUCUAGCGAAUUGAUUUUUAAUUUUUUUUUACGAGUAUAGUUGUUGGAUAAAUAAGAUGACACUUAUAUAGUAUACGUUUUAUGUUGGAUUCUAGUUAUUUUUUACAAACAUUCAAUGACAGUAAACUAAACAAUAAGAGUUAAGGAGAAAUAUAACGCAUGAGGCAUUUCUAAUACAACUAUUAGCAUACCUAAGUUAAUAUAUACAUAAGGCAAUGUUUUUCUAACGAAGUAUUUUUGCUUUUUACUAUGUGUACCUAUUUUUACUUCGAAUUUUAUAGCAUCAUAUUUUCAUAUCAUUAUAAGAUGUAUUGCUGUAUGUCGAAUUUAUUGUAUUAAACAUAUAUUUAUUCGUGAAUAAUCUACCUUAUCUGACAUAACAGUAACUCGUCGUACCUAAUAACGGUAGGUAGAAAUAAGAUGAGAAAUUUGAGGAAUUGUAAUGUAAUCAAUAUUGUUUUUAUUAACUAGUAUUUAUGGCGUUAUGCAAGUAAAACUGCAAAUUCCCAAAGUGAUAACAUGUUGAUAAUUUUGUAAAUAAAAGCUUCAAUAUUUUA